GAUGACUGCUUUCUUAUGGUGGUUAUGUAUACUUAUCGUAAUAGCACCAUAUGAAAUCAGGUCUUGCGCUACGAUCAACGCGAAACGAGAUGAGGAAAAGCAGAAGAAGGCAGAUCUUGCAAAAUCGUUACAGGACAUAUGCAGAAAAUCCAUAGAGGAGGAUAAAAGGCGUAAAUUUAUCAAAAAAAGGGCUGAGAACUCAGCAAUACCACGGAAACAAGACAUUGUUCGAAAUUCGUCAGGCAACGCGUCCACCAAAUCGAAGGAAACGGCCUCGUCACAAGUCGACGCUAAAAUCGAUCAAACGCCUUCUAGUUUGCCACCGCAAACUGACGCCGAAUUGGAAGAAUUACUCGACCGAGUAAGGCUAAGGGCGAAAACGACAAUCGAGGAAGAAGAAGAAGACGAAUAUGCAGAAACACCGGAUAGCAUUGCCUGGUUCGCAAAGCAAUUAUAUGGAUUGAUGGGAGAAGAAGCGGAUUAUUUUUUGCAUCCGAAAAUGGCGCAACGAGUCAGCAAGCCGGUUAAUCCGAAAUUGCACGCUCAAGGAGGAGAAUCGGGUGUUAAAAAGUUAUGGGGAACUUUGCGCAACGAAUCAAAAAAGAAGUUAAUGGAGGAAGAUGAGACUAUUCCGCGGGAAUUAAAGAUGGCAUAUAGCGCUUUCGUUCGGGAAUCUCUAACUAAGGAUUGGAAACCGGUUAAGAGAAAUUUCUUUAAGAAGGACGACGUGCCACAAAUGCUGCAGUUGAUCGAUACAAGUAGGAUGGAACGGACUAACGCUAGGAAAUAUCGAGCAGGUCUUAUGUUUCGAUCGUCCAAUAUGAACGAAGAUAAAAGCAGAGUCCUGUUGCAUAAUAAGGAUAUGACAGAGCACGACAGCGGCGAAGACGGGGUGGCUAGAUUUAUUCCAGAUAAUUAUACGCCAGAGGAUAAACCAGAAUAUAAAAAGUGGCUUGUCUCAACGGAGGAGGACGAUAAAAGUUUUUCAGUGGAAUCCGAAUUAAAACUACUGCUGUCAUUAGCGAACGAGAGAGACAGAGCCACAGGUGGACGUCCAAAGAUUCUACCUUCCAUACACUUUCUAACAGAAAAAGAAUCGACAGUCGAUGGGGAAUUUACCAAGCGUUGGAAAGAGGCAGAUGAAAGGAAGAGGCAGGAAAAGCUAGUCAGCCUUCGAAACUCAAACGGAAAUACAGAUGGAGCUAUAGAAACGAAUAUUCGUUGCGUGAUAACUGCUGAAGGAGAUACAUCUGAAGAAAUCUGGGAGCCGUUGUCGAUGAAUGCCUUGAUGGAGUAUAGUCGACAGAGAAAUGUCGCCGGAAGGGGAGGAUUUACGCAGGGUUCGAUGAAAUAUUGGAACUCAGCACCUCUUCCAGCCAUUCAUUCGCAAUAG